AUGUCAGUACUAGAUAUAUUGCGUAAGCCUAAUUUUGUGGUUUUAUUAAUAUGGAGGUUAAUUAACGCAUUAGCUGUAAAUACUUUCUUCCAAGCCGAUGAGUUUUGGCAAUCUCUCGAACCAGCUCAUGUAAAAGCUUUCGGUUAUGGCGAAUUAACUUGGGAAUGGAAAUUAGGUAUCAGAGGAUAUGCUUUCCCAUUUUUAUUUGAACUCUGUUACAGACUUGUCAAAGGCAUAACCUGGAUAUUAAAACUUUGGAAUGUUGACCCACAAAUCCAAGAAAUAAUCGAAUAUAACAGUACCAUGUUGUUACCAAAAAUUUUAAUGGCGAUAUUGGGUGCUGUUGGUGAGUAUCACAUGGUUAUUCUCGUUCGAAAACUAUUUGUUAUGUCAAUGGAAAAUCACAAGGAUGAAGAUAAAGGGAUGGAAGAGAAUAAUUCUUCCGAUUAUCAUUGUACAUUGGGGCAAGCAACUUUGAUUGCAAAUGUUAUAUCUAUGACAAACUUUUUUAACUGGUUUGUAAUGACAAGAACCUUUGUUAAUUCCUUCGAAACGAUAUUAACUAGUAUUGCUCUGUGUCAUUGGGAUUGGACUGGAGGAGCAUUCAUUCAUACUUCGGAAUUUUCUUUAGCGUUAUUUUGGGGUAUAAUGGCCUCUUUUGUUCGUGUAUCAAAUACUUUAAUAUGGUUGAUAUUAGGAGGCUUUUUGAUGCUUUCUAUUAUAAAGAAAAGAGAAUAUUCAAAACUUUUCUAUUUAUUCAAGAAAAUUGUUGUUGUAUUUGCAGGUGUACUAUUCUUGAAUGUCGUAAUUGAUUUCUAUUUCUAUGGAAAACUUAUAUUCCCAAUUUUUAGAUUCUUAAAAUUUAAUUUCACAAGUCCAUUGUCCAAAUUUUAUGGAACAGCACCAUGGAAUUUCUAUUUAUUUCAAGGUAUUCCAAUUAUGACUGGUGCAGCGUUAAUCCCACUCAUUUACGGUAUGCGUCACUCAUUAUCAUCCAGAAAAGCCAGCCCCAUCAUGUAUGCACCAUUUGUUCAAAUGAAAUUUGUUGUAUUAUUAAACGUUAUCGUUUAUUCUACAUUGGCUCAUAAAGAAUUCCGAUUUAUUUAUCCUUUGCAACCAUUUAUGUUAGUGAUAGCUACUUUUGGUUACCAGCGAAUUAGAAUUGUCCUCGCAAAUUAUAUGAAACUGGUCAAUUACAUAAGUGGACUAAUUGUGAUUUUUACAAUGUUUGGAGCAUUUAUUAUCAGUAAUUAUCAUGAAUCUGGUGUAAUCUCUGUUGUAAAAUAUCUCCAUGAAAUACCUAAUGUUGAUAGUGUCGGUUUUAUUAUGCCAUGCCAUUCGACACCAUGGCAAUCUUAUUUGCAUAGAAACGAUAUUAAGGACCUAUGGGCCAUAACAUGUAGUCCACCAAUACAUUUGUUAGAUGAUCCACAAGCUGAUGAAAAAUUGAAAAGUUAUAUGGAUGAAAGUGAUUAUUUAUACAAAGAUAUUCCUAAGUUUAUAAAGGAUCACAUGGUGAGUCAGAAACCUACCAAGGAUAUGAUGCACACAGAUGAUGUUCAUCAAUGGCCUGAAUAUGUGGUCAUAUUCCAACAUUUGGAUGAGAAUUUCAUGCAUGAAUAUUUGAAGAAUUCUUCGUACCGAGAGGUCAAACGAUAUUUCAAUUCAAUAAGCCAUUGGGAUAAUAGAAGAAAUGGUGAUGUUAUUGUAUAUCAUAAAAAAUUUCAAUAA